CGACGAUUCUCUUUCCAUCACAAAAAUUACUAAAUUUGUCAUUCAAUCAUGGAUGAAGAACUCAACCCAAAUGAGGAGAUGGUGGAGAAGGUGAGGGUGGCAAGGCCAAGACUGACUGACACAAGUUAUAAAAACGGGCGCAUCAUCUUCCUCGCGCAGCCGCCCCCUCCUCCUCCUCCCCCCCUCCUCUCCCCCAAAUCGGACCCGAAAUCCAAGACGAAGUCUUUCUCCAAUCCUCACUCCCCCACCCCCACCCCACGGCGGCGGCGGCGCCGGCAGCCGGAGAGGAGGGAGCCGCCCGCCCAUUCCGACGCCCCAAACCCUAGCUCGGCCGGCCCAUGCGCCCCAAACCCUAGCUCGCCGCCCCGUGUCGUCUCGUCCCCCCCGCCGCCCCGUGCCGGCACCGCCAUGCGGGCCUCGAUGGAGGCCUCCGCGGCCGCGGCGCGCAGAUCCGCGGCGCCGGACCCCCCGGGCGCGGCCAAGAAGCAGCGGCUCCUCGCGCCGCCGCGGGACCCCAGAUCCUCCUCCGCUGCGUACGGCGGCGGCGGCGGCGCGUCCAAUGGGAGCGGCGCGGCGGCGGCGGCCGCGGCGGAGCAGCAGGCGCAGGUGGACGAGCUGGUGGCGCAGUACCGGACGGCGCUCGGGGAGCUCACCUUCAACUCCAAGCCCAUCAUCACCAACCUCACCAUCAUCGCCGGCGAGAACCUCCACGCCGCCCGCUCCAUCGCCGCCCUCGUUUGCGCCAACAUCCUCGAGGUUCCAAGUGAUCAGAAGCUACCAUCUCUUUAUCUGCUUGACAGUAUAGUCAAGAAUAUUGGAAAAGAUUAUGUCAAACAUUUUUCUUCAAAAUUACCUGAGGUGUUUUGCAAGGCCUAUAGACAGGUUGAUCCUCCUGUUCAUACUAGCAUGAGACACCUUUUCGGAACAUGGAAAGGAGUGUUUUCUCCAGCUUCACUGCAAAUGAUUGAGAAGGAGCUUGGUUUUCAAUCAUCUGCUAAUGGAUCAUCAGGUGCUGCACCAUCGAAGGCCGAUUCUCCAUCCCAGCGCCCGUCCCACAGCAUUCAUGUAAACCCAAAAUAUUUGGAAGCAAGACAGCAGCUCCAACAACCAAAUAAGGGGAUUCUGGGAGCCGGUGCCAAGACACCUAUAAUUUCUGAUGCAGAUGAUGUUAUCGAAAGGGGCAACAGGAUUGGUAUUGAUAAAGGCACAGGGAGACGCCUGGAUACUCUGAACUCUAGGCCUCGUGCUCAGAAGGAUACUUUUAGUAACCCCAUUCAUGAAAAGCCAGAGAGAGAUGUGAGGGGCCCUGGAAUUGCGGGAGCUGGUCAAGUUCGCUCAAAGCCCAAAGGCCAAGAUGGAAUUGUGGGGGCAUAUUACACUGGAGCUGUUGGUUCCCCUGAAGAAAUAUUUGACAGACGCAACCAUUUGUAUGCAACUAAGGAUGCUCGCUCUUCUGGCUCUGUACGUUUGGACAGUGCACUUCUCCCAACUCCUGUUAGUAAUUCUGAGAGGAUUGGUAGACUGUCAUCAUCUGAUAAAAGCUGGAAGAACUCUGAGGAAGAAGAGUACAUCUGGGACGACAUACGUACUCAAGGAGCAGAUUAUGGAGGUGCCAGUUCUGCAAGAAAAGGAGAACCCUUGGCUGAUGAUGUCAAUAUUAGAAGCUUUCAUAGGGCUAAUUGGGCAGAGCCUGGAGACCCGUUGGACCCUGACUUCCACAAACAAGAUGCCAUCCCAAGAUUUGGACAUCCAACAAGCCAAGAUAGAAGACUUGCACCGUACAUGGAUCAUGCAGAGUAUCUUCAUAGUAAGCGUGACGGGGACCCAAGAAUUGAUAGGGAAAUGUGGCCUGAAGGACAACCGUUCCCGGAAUCUCGUGGCUCCUCUGUCUGGUUAUCCCAGGAAAAACCUCGUCCAGACAUUGGGCGGGCUCCCAGGAUAUCAAGGUUUUCUAAUCAGUCACCAAGCAUCACUUCAUCUGUACCUGUUGGAUUAUCAGGGGCCUAUGCUGGACGAUCAAGCCUUGAAAGUGCAAAACAAAAAUAUUGGCCACCUUCCUCGCCACCUCUCCAGGCACGUGAGAGCUCCCCAAGUUCCUCGGAGCAUGACAUUUAUGCUUCCAGACCAUUUCUGCCAUUGGGUCAAACUCCCCAGGAAGAGCAUAACCAAAGAGCUCAUGCCUUGCCUCAAAAUUCCGCGAAUUCUCAGGGCCGGCCUAGUCUGCAAGCAACUCUGUCACAGGCUUCUCAGCAGACUCAAAAACACCCUCCUGUGCAGUCAAAGCCACAUCCGAAGCCAUUUCAUCAACCCUUUUCACAAGAAAAUUCUUCAUCGCUGUUUAGACCGUCUGUCCAUCUGACUCUGUCUACCGGAAUGGAAGAGCAGCCUGAAGAGGUGUCCUUGCCCAGUGGUCCUGCACAUGCAAAGUCAGAUCAGAUAAGUGCUAGUAAUUUAUUGGCUGGUCUUUUUAAGGGUGGAUUCAUACCAAACACAAGUGAUCAUGCUGUCCCACAUUCACAUGGGUUGGCAUCUCUUCCAUCUUCCUCGGCCAGCGAAAAUGCCCCUUUGAAGCCUCAUGCACCAAACUCUCUCCGCCCACCUUUGCCACCAGGUCCGCCACCAACACACAGUGCUGAGAAAGCUGCUGCACCACUGUCAAGUCUUCUCAGUUCUCUGGUUGCAAAGGGGCUAAUUUCUUCACCGUCCACCGAUUCGGCUGCUGUUGCAAGAAAGCCUGGUAAAUCAAGUCCGAGCACAUCAGAUGUCAGUGCUUCAGCUCCACCUCGGCCAAUCGUCCAGCCUUCAGUUGCUAAGGAGACACCUGCCCCUGUAAAAGCUUUGUUGCCUCAACCUCCUAAAGUCGAGAUGGCUGACCUAAUCGGCCUUGAGUUCAAGCCAGUGGUGCUUCGUGAGCACCGUACAGAGGUGGUCAACAGACUCUUUGAUGACCAAAGCCAUCAAUGCAGAACAUGUGGUUUAAGAUUCAGACUUGAAGAUGAGCUCAGUGCACACACUGCCUGCAAUGGACCAGAGGAGGCUAGAAAUACUGGCAUCGCACCUGAAAGAUGGUACCCUAGCAAGAGCCGUUGGAUUGACAGAUUACCUGAACCGCAGAGCAUCUUUCUGGACUCUGCAUCUGAUUCAGACCUGGGAACUGCAGAGGAAGUUUGUGAGUUUAUGGUCCCUGCAGAUGAGAGUCAGAUUAUCUGCUGUCUUUGUGGGGAGCAAUUUGAUGACAUGUAUUCCAUCGAUAGGAGCGAGUGGAUGUACAAGGAUGCUGUCUAUUAUGAUCGCUUGAAGGCAGAAGGUGGCAGCGGGGGCAGCUCCCAGAGUAAAGAGCUGGUACCCAUAGUCCAUGCAAGAUGUAUGCCAAGAAUCUCAAACGAUGGCAUGGAGGUGGAUUAGUAUGGUUGUCAUGUCAUAUAGCAGCAGAAACAGCAGCAGCAGCUCAGAUGAUGACAUUGAGGUGGAUUGUCAAAGAAGUCUGGUGCCCAGCAGAGCCUCAAAUGAUGGCAUGGAGGCAAACAUUCCGUGAGGUCGGUGCACAGCGACGAUUGAUAAUAUACUGCAGGUGGGGUGAUGACAGCUUUGGCAACAUUUUGGUCCCUUGAUCUCCACCAUUUGUCGUGUAGAAAGGUGUUCUUACAGAAAGAAUAAACAUACCGAGCCAAUUAGUCAGGCCAUUUUGAUCCCAGCGAGUCAACAUUUUGGGGGUGGUGGGGUCAGAUGACAUAAGUUUGAUCUUUCUGUUGUUCAUAGGAGGCCAUGUAUGCUAGUGAAAAGAGUGUAUUAUUAUUGUCCCUUAACCAGGCGAGCGAAACAGGUGACGCCAGCGUCGUCGUCGAGUUACUGCUGUUUUUGACAAACUUUUUUCUCAGCUUUUGAGAUGUAGUAGCGGUUUUUGUACUUAAAACCAAACUGACAAUAGAACUUCAUCAUGGAUGCAGAUUUGAACUA